CCAAACGUCAAAAAUCAUAAUAUCGAAUUUGGGUCCACAAAUCAAGUUUGAAGACAUCGAACUGCUGCUGGGCCAGCAUGGCAGCGUCAUUCAUUGUGAUAAACUUACAUCCAAAGAUCCGGCCACCCAAGUGGUCCAAAUCACCUAUGAAACAACUGAGCAAGCGCAACAAGCUGUUGUUCAGUUGAAUGGAGUCGAAGUGGAGGGCAAAGCGAUCAAAGUGGAGCUGGCGGUGGAGAAGCGAUCGCGACGGGGGCCGCGAGGUCCGGGAGUCCCAUUUGGGGUCGUUCCCGGACCAAGUCGACAAACAGACUUUCCACUGCGAAUUCUAGUACAAAGUGAUAUGGUAGGAGCUAUUAUUGGAAGACAGGGUUCCACAAUUAGGCAAAUAACGCAAAUGACCAGGGCGCGAGUGGACGUGCAUCGGAAGGACAACGUUGGCUCAUUGGAGAAGGCGAUCACAAUUUUCGGCAAUCCGGAGAACUGCACCAACGCCUGCAAGAAGAUCUUGGAGGUGAUGCAGCAGGAGUCGAACAACACGAAUAAAGGCGAAAUCUCUUUGAAAAUACUCGCCCAUAACAACCUGAUUGGUCGGAUCAUAGGGAAGGGUGGGAACACCAUCAAGCGGAUCAUGCAGGAAACUGAGACCAAGAUCACCGUAUCGAGCAUCAACGACAUCAGCUCGUUCAAUUUGGAGCGAAUCAUUACGGUCAAAGGCUCGAUCGACAACAUGAGCAAGGCGGAGGCGCAAAUCAGCGCCAAAUUGAGGCAAAGCUACGAGAACGAUCUCCAAGCCAUGGCUCCUCAAACCAUGAUGUUUCCAGGUUUGCAUCCAAUGGCGAUGAUGGCCACUGCAGGCAUUGGGUAUGGAUCGCGUGGCCUGUACGCAGGCCAGGCUCCCUAUCCAGCGGGAGUUUUCCCAUCUACAGGGCUCAGUCAUAGCCAAGCAGCCGAUGUUCAAGAAUCAACCUACUUGUACAUUCCAAACAACGCCGUCGGCGCCAUCAUUGGAACCAAAGGCUCGCAUAUCCGCAACAUUAUUCGCUUUUCGGGCGCUUCGGUCAAAAUCGCCCCACUGGACGAGUCGAAGCCGCAAGAAACGCCUAGCGAACGACGCGUUACCGUUGUGGGAACCCCUGAAGCGCAAUGGAAGGCGCAAUAUUUGAUCUUCGAGAAGAUGAGGGAGGAGGGCUUCGUGGCCGGCUCGGAUGAUGUGAGACUGACAGUGGAAAUUUUGGUGCCCAGUUCGCAAGUGGGCCGCAUCAUCGGAAAGGGCGGCCAGAAUGUGCGCGAGCUGCAAAGAGUCACUGGAAGUGUUAUCAAGUUGCCCGAGCAAGGAGCCACGCCGCAAGAAGAUGAAACCACUGUACAUAUCAUUGGACCAUUCUUUAGUGUUCAGUCGGCUCAACGAAGAAUUCGCGCGAUGGUAUUGCAAGCCAUUCCGGCGCCAGCGGGCGCAAGGCCGCGCCCAGCGCGCCCAGCGAAAGAGGGUAGCACUCAAUCGCAGCCCGAGGCGCAAACACCCGAACAACAAUAGAGACCAGUCAACAACAUUCACUGCCUUGCGCAUAGGUUUCACAUACCUUAUUGUAUAGGACCAUCUCGAGGCCUUCCACUACUUGCAAUAUUCAUUUUCCGAUUGCUUUUCCUUCUAUGGUUUUUGAUGGUUUCCAGUCAGUCAGUCAGUCAGUUCAGUGCGAGAGGGCGCGCGAGCAGCUUUCGCCCCCCCAUUUUCCCGAUACAUGUAAGUGUUAAGCGUCUAAGUGGAAAGUUUGGAGAACAGUUAGUGGAAUAUGGUAUGUCAACUCCGUGCCUACACUACAAUCUACCUCAAGAAAUCAAAAUAUAUUUUAGAUUUAUAGCCAUACAAAUUUCCGUUAUUUUUACCGCAACCAACCAUUGCAACCUCAGCGUUUGAGAUGCUUUGUCAUUUUUCCUUAACAGUUUUAAUUGCUUGUUUUACCUGAUUGUACCACGUGUGGUUCAAUAGCGCGGCCUGCAUGAGGACGGCUAAAGACGAAACUGGGCAUUUGCGAAAAAAAUCCUUAAAGCUUGUUAGCCUAACCAAAAAAAAAAAAAAAAUGCGUACAUGCAGGCCCAAAUUGCGCCACACUAUAUAUGAACUACCAAAGAUACGAACCUCUAUGCGCAAUCAAGAAUGUGCAUCGAAACGCCCCGCCCGACGGCGGCAAAUUUGGAUUUCCAUUAUGAUAAAAUGCAACAAACAACAACAACCAACAACAAUUCUAUUAGUCACAAAAAGACAAAAACGAAACAAGAAGACGCCAAAGUUCCUGAAAAAGGGCGGCAGCCAAUGAAGGCGCGACGCUUCGUGGGCUGGCGCCGCAUUAUUUCUGAAUGUGUGAAUUUGAAGUGUUUUUUAUAUGACUAAAAAGACAAUGUAAGACGUGAAUGCUUCGGACUAUUAAGUUAAAUUACUUUAAUUUUAUUGUUAGGAGAUUGUUAAAUCGAUAUCUGGAACUGUUGCAGCCAGGGCUGGACAGUAAUUUGUUUCAUCGCCGGACCAGGCCUGGCUGCAACCUUGCAAAGGCUGCGGCCCCCAAAGGGGCGCAGUCGAAGAAUUAAUUGUUGCAUAGACGAUAAAUACCAGAUAGGACUAGCAAGGUGGACUCUAUCUUGCUGGCGGCAUGGUGCCUUGCGUCAAGGCCAUCCGCAUCCCUAAUAGUACAAAGGAAAAUCAAGAGGGAAGUGGGCCCGCCCAGGCCUUGCCCCCUUGUGGGGAAAUUGUAAAAAUUGAAUAUUUUUGAUAAAAAAAAUUGUUUGUUGGGGAGGAUAUUUUUUUGUUAAGAGCGUUUUAAGUAUAGCGGGGUCGCUAUUUUUAAAAUUGUGAAAAAAAUGGAUAUAUUUAUUAGAUUUUUUAUGUAUAAAAUUUUUUAAAUUAUUUGUAAAGGUUUAUAAAGUGUGCCAAAGUGCAAGAAUGUUACCAGAUUUGUUUAAACGAAAAAAAAAUGAAAGGGUUCAUGUAUUUAUUUCCGGCAGCAGAUAAGAGCAGUUCAAGCACUUGCCCACCGACAUUCGGGACGAAACAAAGCAAAUCUUUCAAAAAGUUCACACAAAAACCACACAAAACGAGCGCUAAUGCAUAGGCAAUCCAUUUAUUUCACACGAUAUCGAAAAGAAACUACAGUAUGUAAUACUUGGAAGCAUUCCGGGUCAAUCAAUACGCGAGCCGCAUGCUCCAAUAUUACCUACUAACAACGUUAGGAAUUUUCCAGGCCGCUACAAAAUCCAAAAAAAAAUCGACAAAAUCCCCCCGUUCUCGGAAGAACCUCCCACUAUGGCGGGGGGGCUUUUCGGGAAAACGACGCGAUUUUUCGUUUCAGACCCCCUCCCAAAAUUGCCCGCUACUUUUAGGCACCAGAACGGGUAACCUCCGCAGCGUAGCAACCCAAUAAUUCACCCAACGACGUCAGUCACAUGCUGUUCCCCAUAUACAGGGUGUUUCCGCAUUUAAGUGCCGCCCGACUAACCGCAAUCAACUAGCGAAAAUAUCCAGAAAAAUCCACUCAACUUUCUAAUAAACAAAUAUUUCCCAAAACCUGCAUAGCGUCACCCGCAGAUUGCUUUAAGAGGGCCACCUUAUACACGGUGGCGCUAAAUCUGGGCGACUUUAUUCAACUACAUAGUUUUUUAAGAGACUUUAAACAAGUCAAUAGUUUUUUUUAUUUAUUUUUUUACAGAAAUGUCUCCCUGAAAACAUUUGUUUUCAAAUUACUUUUUAUCCCUAAUCUCCAUGUCAUUCUAUAUGGCGAGAGCAGUUCCUUUCUCUAUUGAAUAGUUCCUCACUUUGACAACUUUUGACUGACCGAUGAAAUGUCAAUGUCGCUCUAAGUUUGACGUUUUUGAAGACCAUAUUGGCCACCUACUAAUUUUACAACUGCCAGUUCACAUUAAGAUGCAUAAGAACGGAUCAAAUUCUGCGUCCGUUGAUGCAAAAACUUAUAGGGUGUCCCACAUAAAAAGCCAGUAAUUUGCCUUGAUAUUUGGGGUGUUCAAUUGAAAAAAACACACGUAAUGUUUGUGGGGACACCCUUGUAUGGUGCAAGGUAACUUUAAAAUGUCCCUGACUGAAAUUCUUUGCCCGCAAAUUGUACAGGGUGGCACAAAUGGCGAAUUAAUUCUCUUUGGUGAUUUUUCUGAUUAUUUUCGGUAGCGGUUGAAUCGAACGCACUUUAAACAUGGACCAGCCUGUAGACAAACAGCAAUCCGCAUGUUUAUAGAUAUGGAACGCUUACAGUUUCAUUGGAUGGUAGAAUUUAAUCGAUCCGACCCAGUUGAUAAUCGUUGAAACCAUAUUAUUAACCAAAUUCGUCGGCUUUUUACCUCCCAGUCUUACACAUAGAUUGUUUAGGCAACAUCAGAGUGGAUGUGCAAAGUGACUUGAUGUCUAUACCGAGCGCACUCGAUGCACUCGGUAUGAACAUUCCGGGCCGCAUCCACACUGACAAAACGACUAUAAGUAAAUCAGAAUCAGAUGAUCCGCAAUCGGCAAUCAACAAGCACAUUGAAGCCGCAUCAACAUUUAGCUAUUUGCAUUAAACUAUGGGUAUAAUAGUGCCUAACGAAACCUGUAUACGGGUAAUAUUGACGUUUAGUAUAAAUAUGAAGGUUUUUUGUGUAGUUUCACUAAUUAUUACGUUUUUUCUUUAAAUAUAUUAUUAGUGAUAAUGCGCCCUCUUCAGGUCGAUGAGUUUCCUUUUCCUCGUUACUGGCUAGCAGUCAAUUUUACUCGUUUAUCAGUUGAAAUGUCUAGAUUAACAUAAAAGUUGGUAGUCUGUACACAAACCCCACUUUGAAAACUUGCUGCUUCACGCGUUUCAGUACUGUUAAGGUCUUUAUUCGUCAACUAGCUUAACCAAUUAAGCCUCCGUUAUCGCCUAUCAGAGGCCCUUAUUAUAACCGACAUUGUAACUCAUGUUUUAUCCGUAUCCGUACACUUGAUUGAUUGAUUAUUGCAAGUGACGAAUAUAUUUUUUUAAUUUACUUAGUUUAUAGUACAUGUUAAUGCUGGAAGGAGACUGAUCGUGCAAACCAGCCCGCUGUAGAUUUAGUAGAGCUUGGACGCGGAUAGUAGCAACUUAUUGAUAACAACCAGGACCGUCUCAAUCAUCAGUUCCGCGCACUUGAAAAUCAGUAGCUUUGGUAGAUAGAGAGAUUGACCUUUACCGUGAAGUAUUGAAACUAUCCGCCGGUCUAAGGAGUUAAACUACCUCAGUAAUUAUAUAAUAUUUCUAUAAAACAUUAAUUUUGUUGUUCAUGUUUUACUUGGGUAUCAUAAGUUAAGAGUCUGGUGAAUGCUAUUUGUAAAAUAAAUCAUUCUUCCGUUUGCAACAUUAAUUAACUAUAGGUAAUAGUCGGUAUAUAAAUAUACAUAUAUAUUGUGUGCCAUUGCUUCAUCGCGAACCCCACAAAUGUUGUACAUGCGGUUCCAUCGAGACGCCCAUCUUUCAAUCCGGCCGAUCGAUCGAACCGCCCUCCCUUUACAGUAGUUUGUUAAUUGAGGUGCUUCAAUAUAAAUAUAUAGAUCAAGCAAAACAUCAACAUCUACAAACGUUUAUAAUUCGUCUCAGGACUUACUCAGGUUGUUUUUUAAUGGGAGUAAACAAUAUUUUACAUAAAGAGUUAUACACAAGUUAGACUAACGUCGAGCCGAUGGAUGGCCCGAUCCGGUUUACCCGAUCGGUUAAUAUGUAGAUGAUGAUGCAUGAUGGUUAGGAUAAAUCAAUGUAAUUGCAUAUUGUUCUUUUCACGUUUCUGUUUGUUGAUGGCAUACAACCAAUCUGGUUACAUUUAUUCAAACUUCAAUCGUUUAAGUUAAAAUAAAUAGUGUUCCCUUAA